AUGGGCAAGUCUGCUAAGUCCGCUGUUGCCGCGCCCGUCAAGGCCGACAAGAAGUCCAAGAAGGUCGAGGAGAAGGCCGCCGCCGCCGCUCCCGCCAAGGAGUCCAAGAAGGAGAAGAAGUCGAAGAAGAAGGAGCCUACCCCCGAGCCCGAGUCGUCGUCGGACGAGUCGUCGUCGGACUCGGACUCUGACUCUGAGGAGGAGGAGAAGCCCAAGGCCGCUGCCGCCAAGGAGGAGUCCUCGGACUCGGACUCGUCGGACUCUGACUCGGAGACCGAGGAGGAGAAGCCCAAGGCUGCCGCCGCCAAGGAGGAGUCUUCGUCGUCGGACUCUGACUCUUCGGACUCGGAGACCGAGGAGGAGAAGCCCAAGGCUGCCGCCAAGGAGGAGUCCUCGUCGGACUCGGACUCGGACUCGUCUGACGAGGAGGAGGAGAAGGAGGCCCCCGUCUCCAACGGCAAGCGCAAGGCCUCCGAGGAGCCCGAGGCUGUCGCCGCUGAGGCCCCCGCCAAGAAGGCCAAGGUCGAGGACGGUGACGCCACCCCCAACGUCUUCGUCGGUGGUCUCUCGUGGAACAUUGACAACGACUGGCUCGCCUCGGAGUUCGCUUCGUGCGGUGAGGUCGUUGGUGCCCGUGUCAUGCUUGACCGCGAGACCGGCAAGUCGCGCGGCUUCGGCUACGUCGAGUUCGCCAACCUCGAGGCCUCGGCUGAGGCCAUCAAGUUCGACGGCAAGGAGAUUGACGGCCGCUCGGUCCGUGUCAACUACGCCAACGUUCGCCAGAACAACCCCGCCGAGAACCGCGCCAAGGCCUUCAACGACAAGCAGUCGCCCCCCGCCGAGACCCUUUGGGUCGGUUCGCUCUCGUUCGACAUCACCGAGGACGCCGUCUACGAGGCCUUCGGCGAGCACGGUGACGUCCAGUCGGUCCGUCUCCCCACCGACCGCGAGACCGGUGCCCCCAAGGGUUUCGGCUACGUCCAGUUCGCCGACGUUGCCCAGGCUACUGCUGCCCUCGAGGCCCUUAACGGCCAGGAGCUCGCCGGUCGUCGCAUUCGUAUCGACUACGCUCCCCCCAAGCAGGACAACCCCUCGGGCGGCAGGGGCGGCUUCGGCGGCGACCGUCGCGGCGGUGGUCGUGGUGGUGGCUUUGGCGGUGGCCGUGGUGGCGGCCGUGGUGGCUCGUUCGGCGGACGUGACUCGGGCUUCGGCGGCCGUGGCCGUGGUGGACCUGGCGGUGGCCGUGGCCGUGGAGCUCCUCGCGGCGGUGCCCGCACUGGUGGCAUCGUCGCCAGCCAGGGCUCGCGCGUCUCGUUCGACUAA